CCAGGGUGAAGACACAGAAGAAAGACUGAAAGCAAGCUAGUAUAAAUUUGCAUGACGCCAACUACUUACACCGUUAUUAUAAACAAUUGCUUAAUACAUGUAGUUACUGCAAGAAAGCAGGUGUAAAUGUGAUUGAAAAUUGAUGAUGGAGGAUUUAAAAAGAAGGUUGGAGUUUGACAAUAUGGUCAUACAGAGACAGGCUUUGAAUAAGCUAUGUGAAGAAGUUAAAAAGAACUUGUCCAGGGAAAACAGAUUGACAAACUCAUCAGUAAAGAAUGCAGAGUACAGACUAUUGGAGGAAAAAUGUGGUGCUAUGGAGACAGUGGUUGCUAAGGCAAUUAGUACAGCCAUGGUGGAGUUAGUGAGUGAUGGAUUGGCAGAUUUUUCAACUGUUCUGGAAUCAUUCCUUAAUCAAGUGCCAAAUGCAAAGAACUUGUGCGGGAUUGUCCAGGGAGUUUCUGAUUUACUGGUGUGGCAAGCAAGUAUUCUGGCAAGCACCAAGGAAGGAUACACUAACCCAUAUACUUUAAGAUCACCACCCCAUCCAUUCAUAACUAUACUGACCAACCGGCCGGAUUCAUGGCCCCUGCUAGGUAACCAAGUGAACUUCAUCAGUAGUGUGAAGGAAAAAAGAAUUCAAAGUCUUGCUGUUGAGAUAUUGGAACCAUUCAUGAAGUUUGUUUUUGCUGAACCACUGGACAGCCCACAGUAUCAACCAAUGAAAAUAUGCCUACAGAGGGAGCUACUUACCAUUGUCAGCCAAUCAGAUGAUAGCAGAACAGUUGAAAAAUUCCUGGGAUGUAUUGCUAAUAUUUUGCCUUGUCUACAGGUAAAAGACAAGAAUUCCUUGGGAAGUACCGCCCAGUUUGUGAUGGGGUUUGUUGAUGUAUGUCGAGCCAAAAUAUCAGGAAAGGAAGCAACUUUCCAAAAGUUUCUGACAUACUUAGUGGAUUUGUGCUUGGAGUUUCACAGCCAUUCCCUUGAUGUAUCUAAUAUUAUGUGUUCCCUAGUCAGGGUGGCAGAAAGUGCUCCAUCAGCUUUGUCAUCAGACAACAACAUGAUCUCCAUGGGAAGUCUACUUCUGAAGACAGACAUAAAGGAAGCAGUUGUAUUACUGACAGCAGUAAGAAGGAUUUUGGAAAAUGAAUCUGGAGACCUGAGUUUGGUUGCCAUUGCCUCGCUCAUUCUGCCACUUCUGCAGAUUUUGUCAAUGUCUAGCUCUGGGUCAAGGACACAUGAUUUAAAAUCUACGACCUCUGUCUCUGGAGAAGUCCUGAAAAUCAUAGAGGAGAAACUGGUGAAAACACAACACAGCAGAGAAAAACAGAAAACAUCUCAGUUCAACCCACACCUGACAUCAUUGACCUUCCUCAAUAAUAACUUCUCCCUAUUGGCUCGAGCUUUAGAGGAGGAUGAGGAAUUGCCCAGACUAUGGCUCCAGAACUUGGUCAAUUCUGUCUCCAGUCUGAAGUUUGUCCCAAUCCAGUUGACUGUCAUUGUAUCAGCUCUCUUUGUGUUGUCACCAGGGAAACCCUGGGCUGACCAAUCACUGAAGGCCUUACAGGCAAUCUCCAAGACUGAUCAUAAACAGGCAUGCUUCUUUUUACCCCUAUACAUCUACCAGCUGAACAAGUGCAUCCAACCAGAGUACAAACUCAGUAUCAUGAAAUCUGUUCCUAGUGUAGCUCAACACAAGUUCUGUAUCCCUUUGGUCUUAAGGACCAUACAAACUUUUGGAUCCACUCCUCGUUUGAAGGCUCUGUCAAUACAGUUGCUGGCAGACCUCUGGAAGCUUCAAGACAGGUGCUUCCCCUACCUUCUGAAGGCCAUCUCGGAGCCAGCUGAAGCCAUACUGACCAAAGAAGGAGUGGAUGAAGUGAAACUGGCAAAAGCCAAAGCCAUUCAUGAUGUCUGUCUCCUCAGAGGAGAACAGCAUGGCAGUGAUAUGUUGUCUCCCUUGUCUGAAUUAUUGGAAAACUCCAUACAGGAAGUGGAUUCUCCAGUUGCCUCCCUUGCCUUAGAGGGGCUUUACUACUUAUGUAAAGAUGAAGUUAUUGAUAUCCUUUCAGCAUGGUCAGUUUUAGGAGAGAAACUUACUCAUGAUCCAAGAUCAAUAGUUCAGGAGAGAAUCUGCAAGCUUUUCUCUUUACUACCAGAACUGGAAGUGAAGACCGAGGAAUUUGAGAGGUUCCAUCAGUAUGCUGUAUCUGCCCUCUGGCUUUUUGUGCAUGGAAGUGACCCUGAUGUUAGCAGAUCUGCCCUCAAAGCCUUAUCACAGUUUGACAUCAGAUGUUUUAGCCUUGCUCACAUCCCAGACAAGGUAAAAGAGGACAUUGUUAAGCAGGCACAGGCCAUCAUUGACAGGGGAGAUAACCCAGACUUGACUGUAGAGGAUGUUGUCAAGGAGGUCCCCGGCAUCUGCUACACACGAAUGUUGGCAAUAAUCUCACCAGAGGUGUAUGAAGGAUAUAGGGAAUUCUUGUGUGAACAUGUGGGUUCAGAGGUUAAGAACCUUGGUCGGGGUGUGUAUCAUGGCUCUGCACGGCGGCUAGGCAUGACUUCCACUCGCAGUAAGAUGAUGGAUUCCAUACCAGCAUUUCUACAACAACAGUAUGACACAUGUAAACAGCCUGGACUAAGACCUGGUCUGGCAGCUGGAGUUUUGUUUAGUUAUGAUCCUCCUAUAGAAGUGGCAAGAGAUGGUCGUCCCAGAAAGCACUACACCAUUACCCACAGCAAAAACUUCCAGCACAUGUUCACUACCCUGCUUCAUGAGGUGACAAUCCAACCCUCAAAUUGGCAGCAGAUGAUGCAGCUUCCCCAGGCCUGGGUGGCCUUUAUAGACCGGCUGUUCACAUCAGCUGUUGAGGGACGUAAGGCAGAGAUUGACCUUCAACUGAAAAAGGAACACAUUGGAGAGGAAGAGGCUAGGGAGAAACAGAAAGUAGCAUGGCUCUGGGUUAGAGACAAGUUGACUGAUUUGAUCAAAUCAGCGUCCAGGGAAAGUCCUAGUGUUCAGGGAAAUGCUGUGUUGUCGUUGGGAGGUCUGGUGUUGGCCACACAGAAACAUUGGGUUGACCUUGACAAGGAGACUCAAGGUCAGCUUGACCAGGUCAAGGAGUUUCAGACUCAAUCUCACUGGGUGACUAUUGUCAUGGAUACGCUUAUGUCUCUGAUGGAUGUGACCUAUCAACCCAAAGGAAGCAUACUGGGAAUUUGUCAACAGAGAUCAGUCAGUGACAGAAUGACUUGUAGUUUCCUCACUCAGGCUUCUUCAGUGUUGGCACUCUGCCAGCUUACACCAGUAAUGAUCAACAUAGAUGUGAACAGGAUAUUUGUAAUUUCUGAGACCCUGACAAAAUGGUUACCAGGACAACCGGAGGCACCAGAAGCACUGGUCUUACAGCUGGCUUAUGGUUUGGGGCUGGGUUGCAUGCUGGGAAAACUGUUAGAAGAACACUUUAUGGACACUUGUGGAUCCAAAGAGAUAGUACAGAUGUGGAAUACUUUUGAUAAGUUGGAAGAUGCUUGUUUUACUGGAAGAGAUGAUAGUUGUGGAUGCCUCCUAGGACUUGGUCUGUCAGUGUCUGCCCUUUGUAAUGAUUCUAAGACCGAGGCGAGGGCACAUGUUCUCACUGUUCUAGACAAACUUCAGGUUCUGCACCAACAAUCAACCUCACCAGGGGACAUAGCUCACCAGGUACUCAGUGUUGGGAUGGCAUUAAUCCACAGUGCUGCCUUCAAUGCUAACAUAGUGUCCUCAGACAAAGUGCUGUCUACUGUAGACAAAAUCAUCAGGGAUCUGGGGGAGGCCCCACAGAGUGCAGGAAUUGCCAUGGCUGCUGGCAUACUUUUGUACAACCUAACCAGGGCUGGGAUAACUGGAAUUACUGACUGCCAAGUACAGCUGCACCAAACAUGGACAAAGAACCUGACUUCCUCUGAGAGUUCCCCAUUGUUGAAGGUGGCAGCCAUGACUGGACUGAUGGCUUUGAUUGGCUCACAGAAAGCCCUCACAUCUAGCAGAGAAACUUUGUCUAUGGCUUUGGGUGAUGUAAAUGUUGAUGAGGUUGUCAGGGUGAUGACCCGAGUCGUUUCUAUGGGAGAUGACAUUGGCAUUCAGAACACAGCAGCAUGGAUGUUAGGGAACCAUUAUCUGUCUGUUUCCCCAGUAUCAGAGACCAGAACCAGUGUGCCAACCAGCCUGGGCUACCUGCCGGAGACGAGUCUGUUGAGAGCAGUGGUAGAUUUCCUUAUUGAUGCAGGCAAGAGAGGUCCAGAGGCAGUCCCAGACUCCCAGGUUGAGUGCUGCCUCAGAAGUCUGCUGGACAGGGUGAGGCAGAACCUACCCCCGGUAAACUGGGCGUGGAUCCUCACCCCACUAAUGAGGCUCAACUUCAAUGAUGAAGUGAGGAGAUUGUGUCUCCAUGUAGCCAUUACCCAGAGUUCCUCCUCAACAACAGCUGCCAUGCUGGUCAGUUCCUGGAUGACUCAACCCCUCAUUCAUUCUCUCAGUGUCACCUCCCGCUGUCUUCUUUAUGAUGAGUUACCUGUUCUUGUCACUUCUGUGUCUCCUGUGACCUUGACCUCUCUCCUUGACCUGAUGCAGAAGGAAAUUGGAGAUCCAUAUCUCCAUGGUUUGUUUGGACUCCACAGGGCUUUGAAAGUUCACAAUCUUCCCAAAGCAGCAUCAGAUAUACUCCUACAGUGUCUGGAGUCUGUGUACAAGAAAACAAAAACACAACAAAAUGAACCUUACCUUCUCCAUCUGAUUGGAGAGUGCCUAGGCAGUGUUCCAGAUGAAGUGUUCGAUGAACUGACAGAAUCUGACUUUUCUGAGGAAGAUAACCACUUCCUGUCAUGCUUUGUGAGGUGUUACCUGGUGGCUCAAGGAAGACAACCAUUAGCUCUGUUGAACCGUUGUGUGGAUGCCAGUCUUAAUAAUGCAGACAGUGAUACAGAAGAUCUGCAUGCUUUAUUCUACCACACAUUCUGGCACAUCUCUCAGUCCAAAGCCGAGUCUAAUGGAGUCCAGCAUCAACUUCAGUGGCUACUAGAACUCCUGGGCCACACUCGAAAUGUGUCAACAGGGGCCAUUACUCUGUCAGACAAAGUCAAUAUUGAUAAGGUUGUAGAGUUUGGGGUUCGAUUGGUUGCAGCAGCCAUCAGUAUAUGGACCUCAUCCUCCAUUGCUUUCGUGUACAAUAUAAACCCACAGUUCUUAAUGGAGCGCUAUCCUAGCAGUCCUUUACAAGAAGGUCAUGACCUUAGCUUGAGCAAGUGCCCACAGAGUCCUGUGCAUUUAUUACCAUCAUACAUAACUGGACUGGGACAAGAACCAUGGAGUCAGAUUUCAUUAAAGGUUCUGGACUGGCUAGCAUUAAUGCAGCGAAGGCAGACAUCUUCCUCACAUUCUCUUUCAGCUGCUGAGAUUGGCCUGAAGCAUUCAGCAGACUUCAGGAGAACUCAAACCUGGACAGACAUUUUACAAAGAUAUCCUGCAGUCUCUGUGUAGCUUAGUCAACAAAGUGCAGAGGACAGACAUUAUACAAAGAUAUCCAACAGUUCCUGACAUGUCAACAGUGCAGACUUGUGAAACUCAGUUUCACUGAAGAGGAAUUCCCCAGCAAUGUUUAUGUUUAUAGCAUAAAACAUUUAAUAUCUGCAUUGAGAAUUUUUAUGAUGACAAAUUUGAUCAACCUAAGUAAUUAAAAUUGAUUUUUCCAAAGUGA